UAUUAAAAUAAAAGUUGCCUUAGUGUUACUAAUGCUUUGACUUCGAGAACUUGUGGUUUUAUGAUACAUUAUCUUCCUGGAACCAGCUGUAACAUAAAGCUUCUUUUAAGUAGAAAGAUGACUUGUACCAAGCUUUUCUUAGCACCUUUCCUGGUUCUAUGGAUAGGAGUCAGCUCUCUGCCAAUGGUAACUGGAAACACUAAGAGAGGUGUAUGUCCAAAGCCUAUGGCUUUAAUUAACUCUACAGCUUCCUGUAAUAAUAAUUGCUCAAAUGACCAUGAAUGCCCGGAGAACAUGAAAUGCUGUGAUACUGGCUGUGGACACCAAUGUGCAUAUGCAGAACGUCCAGGUUUCUGCCCAUUCAAUGACCUACCACAUGAAGCAGGUGUAGCACAAAAACCAAAAUGUUUAAGUGAUUUUAAUUGUCUGAAAAAUACUAAGUGUUGUGAGAGGGGAUCUUCACGAGACUGCCUCCCAGCAUUGAAGAAAAAACCAGGAAAAUGUCCUGAUGUCUGUGAACCAAAAUCUGAACUUAAGUGCUCUACUGAUAAAGAUUGUCCCGAUAAUCUUAAAUGCUGUCCUCUAUGUGGUGAAAAAUGCAUGGUACCUGUGAAAGUGAUGCAUGCAGUUCCUCCACAGUAAGAAGUCUAAAUAACCAAGACACAAGACAUAUUUUUGCAGAUCUCCAUCCCCUUUUGGUUUAUUCUUUCUCCAAAACGUCAUUGUUAAAUAAACUUGUGAUUCAAAAUUG